AUGAGUUCUAGCAGCCGAAUAAACUUUGGGCAGGCCAGUCCCACCUACAGGGCUGGGUAUAUGAUAGACGGCGACAGCGACAGUGACGAUGAGAAAGUAGACCUCACAGAUGUACCUGAAGAUCUGUUGGAUAUGAAUGAGGAAGACUUUGAGAACGAGUUACGGAAGAGGUUUGAGAGUGAGAUGCAUGAUUUGCAAGAAGGAUAUAAAGCUGAGCCCAUCCCAGUGGAGGCGUUCAGGGACAUACCAGAGUAUGUAAACAAAAAAUACAAAUCAGAUGGAGGAGGUAAACCAGAUUCAAAAGAUGUAGAUGACGAGCGAGAACCGCUCGAUACGAGGCAAGCGGACCUGCCAGGAGUGCCGAAAGUCGUAGAAAUCAAUCCGCAAUCAUCACAACAACAGCAGCAACCACAGCGAACAAGGCCUUUAUUCGACACCGAUGGGGUGCUCAGUUGCCCGUGUUGUAUGACAACCCUGUGCAUGGACUGUCAAAGGCAUGAAAAAUACAAACAGCAGUACAGAGCAAUGUUUGUGAUGAAUGUGAAGGUCAUGCCGGAGAAGCUGCAACACGAUCCCACAGACCCCACAGUCUACUAUCCCGUUCGGUGCGAGUACUGCUCAACCGAAGUGGGUGUGGUAGACCCAGACCAAGUGUACCACUUCUUCAACGUCAUCGCCUCCGACCCGCAAUAA